UUUUUUUUUUUUUUUUCUUAAUUGAAUGUGUUUCGCCCAUUACCGUCUUGCGUUCUCUCAACAGUGCAGUGCGAGCUAGGCCAGUGCGAGCCACUUUUUCGACGGCACCGCUUCCCCAAACGGCGUGAUUCACCGCAGAGUUGGGCUGUUGGUGGUGAGCGUCCACGGGUGAUGAAAGCGGGCAGGCUGAUUCAGGCGCUCCUUGAGCUCGCUCAACACCGCUCCCGCUUCGCUACUCCUACGCGACACCUCUUUUCCUCUCCCAGUGGAGAACUCGCACCGGGUUUUGAGGGUGUGCAUUCCUGCAGCGGAGCAGCGGCAGCCAUCCCGAACAACAUGGCCGCUGUCGGCGCUUGAAUGGCGGCGGCCGGGGACGUUGGAUGAGUUUCGCGGUGAAUUCGCGCUAGCCGCCCGCACGAUGAAGAUGUAGGCGAGUUCCGCGGACACCGGGCGGAACAGUGGGCCACCUCUGCGAGACACGCCGGGCAAUGGGAGCGCAGCAUGGGAAGGAAAAUCGUGGAAGCGCGUCGUCCGUGGGAAGUAGCAGUCAUGGAAACAAGUUGACCAAGCACGGCCAGAAACAGAAGGCCAAAGACAUCCGGCUCUCGUCGGUGUCCGCCAACAUAUUCACCGAACACAGUGAAGCCCUCCUGCAGAGCCGGCCCCUGCCCGAGAUCCCGGAUGGGGACGACCCGGGGGCCUUCAGCAGGGGCUUCCUGGCGGACGGGGCCUCACGCUGGAUGUCCAAGGAGAACUUGCUGGCACAGGAGGACGCAGACCCGCACCUCUUCGUGGCUCUGUACGACUUCCAGUCCGGGGGCGAAAACCAGCUCUCGCUCAAGAAAGGGGAACAGGUGAAGGUGGUGUCGUACAACCGUACGGGGGAGUGGUGCGAGGCUCAGGGGCGCUCUGGCCAGGUGGGCUGGGUGCCCUCCAACUACGUGACGCCCGUGAACAGCCUGGAAAAGCACUCGUGGUACCACGGCCCCAUCUCGCGCAAUGCGGCCGAGUACCUGCUCAGCAGCGGCAUCAACGGCAGCUUCCUGGUGCGCGAGUCCGAGUCCAGCCCCGGCCAGCGCUCCAUCUCGCUGCGCUGCGAGGGACGCGUCUACCACUACCGCAUCAGUGAGGACUCCGAGGGGAAGGUGUACGUGACGUCGGAGUGGCGCUUCAACACGCUGGCGGAGCUGGUGCACCACCACUCGCUGCACGCAGACGGCCUGAUCACCCAGCUACUGUACCCGGCCCCCAAGCGUAACAAGCCGGCCGUGUUCGCCCUUAGCCCGGAGCCCGACGAGUGGGAGAUCGACCGGACAGACAUUGUGAUGAAGCACCGGCUGGGCGGGGGGCAGUACGGGGACGUGUACGAGGCCCUCUGGAAGCGCUACAACCUGACCGUGGCCGUCAAGACGCUCAAAGAGGACACCAUGGCCCUUAAGGACUUCCUCGAGGAGGCCGCCAUCAUGAAGGAGAUGAAGCACCCCAACCUGGUCCAGCUCAUUGGGGUGUGCACGCGGGAACCCCCGUUCUACAUCAUCACGGAGUUCAUGGCGCACGGGAACCUGCUGGAGUACCUGCGCAACUGCAGCCGGGAGGACAUCACGGCCGUGGUGCUCAUGCACAUGGCCACCCAGAUUGCCUCAGCCAUGUCGCACCUGGAGGCGCGCAACUUCAUCCACAGGGACCUGGCCGCCCGCAACUGCCUCGUCGGGGACAGCCACCUCGUCAAGGUGGCUGACUUUGGACUGGCCCGGCUGAUGAGGGAUGAUACGUACACGGCCCACGCGGGUGCCAAGUUCCCGAUCAAAUGGACGGCUCCGGAGGGCCUCGCCUACAACAAGUUCUCCACCAAGUCCGACGUUUGGGCAUUUGGCAUCCUGCUGUGGGAGAUAGCCACUUACGGGAUGUCCCCUUACCCGGGGGUGGACUUGACCGACGUCUACCACAUGCUCGAGUCCGGCUACAGGAUGGAGUGUCCGCCCGGCUGCCCAGCGAGGGUCUACGAACUGAUGCGCCAAUGCUGGCAGUGGGAUACAGCUGAUCGUCCAACAUUCCAAGAGAUCCACAAUACCCUGGAAAACAUGUUUCAGAACUCCAGCAUCACAGAAGAGGUGGAGCGGCAGCUGGAAAAGCAGUCGCCCGCCCUGGCGUACAAGAAGCACCCCGGAAACUCGCCCACCAUGGGAGGAGCCAUGGUCGACGACGACCAGGAGAACAGAACGCCCGACACGAGUGCGGGUCAGCCAGUGGCGGCGUUGAAGCCGGGCCCGCUGCUGUCCAAGUCCGGGGGGGUGGUGCAGCUGCGUCGGCCCAGCCCGCGCAGCAAGCAGGCACCCGUGCCCCCGAAGCGCACCAGCUCCUUCCGCGACAGCACCUACCAGGACCGCAACCCCGACGACGAAGACGCCGACGACGAGGAGUUCGCCAACAACAACAACAACAACGGAGGCCUGGAGCGGGUGUUUGAGUCGGUGGGCGGGGACGGAGACCCCAAGCAGUCGACGCCGGACACGGAGGACUCGGAGCUGCACUCGACGGCCAGCGUGCCGGAGGUGUCCCGGGAGCAGCUGCUGCAGCGGGAACAGAGGGAACAGAGGCCCCAAAAGCUCAAGAAGGCCCGCACCUACCCGCCCAACGUGCAGCUGCAGAGGGUGGGACGGGACUCCUCGACCGCCCUGGCCACCCGGCAGGCCAAGAAGGUGCAAGUGGCUGCGCUGGAAGUGCAGAACGUGAAGCGGGCCAUCAACAGGUACGGGACACUUCCCAAGGGAGCCCGUAUCGGUGCCUACCUGGAGUCCCUUCGUCAGCAUGGACUCCACACGGGCACCUCGUACCAAGAACCGGUUGUGGAAGGGGACGGUCACGUGCACUACCAGUCCGGAAACGUUGUCCUCAUCGCGUCCAGCGGAAGAGGAUCGGUAGACUACGGCCACGCCAGGUGCAAGGCAGACGGAACACCCCACGCAUUCCUGCAGCGUCAGAAGUCGGACCUAACCCACACGAAGAUCAGUGACGCAUUUGAGACCGGAUCCAUCCCGGAGACGAGGCGGCCGUCCUGCCCCAAGCCGGUGCCGUCACCAAGGCUUCCGAGGAAUCACAGGUUCGACGGCAGGGGGGCACCGCGGGGGGAAGCUCGAGCAACGGACGCCUUUCAGGACACACUCAGCGAAGGCGAGGCUCAGUUGGGGGUUUCCCACAGGAGGGAAUCCUUCGAGUCGCUUGCGCUUCAGUCGCAGGAAGCAAAAGCACCUCCAACGCCGCCGUCAGCCUUCUUACCUGCCCCGUUCGGAUCUUCGGUCGUCCGGAGAACGCUCAAACGCAGGCCGAAAGACAGGCCGCCGAGCCCGCCCAAGCAUCCACUCGUCAAGAGCGGAUCUGUGGACGACCAGUUAAGUCGUCACUCAGGCAAUUCGAACGCCGCGACGAAGGCGGCCUCGGACAGCAACCAGAGCCCGCUGAUGCCCGAAGCGCCGGAAGGGGGCAGUCCCAUCUCGUUCAGCGAUGAAGGGUUCCCGCCGCCGCCGGAAUUCAGCAACCCCGACCAGAAGACCCUCGAGUGCCGCGAGAUGCAGCCGUCUCCGCCGGCCCCCGCAGAAGCGUCGGCAAGGAAUUCUGCCGCACAGCUGGUUUCGGAACUGUUUGAGAACCUCAAGAUGAAGGCGAGAAGAAAAGCGGUCGAGACGGGAGACGCGUGCGCCCAGACGAACGAAGAGUCCCGCCGUGCCGCAGCCAGCCCAGCCGACAGGAACGCCUCCAACGGGGCCGUCACGACCAAGCCUCCGCCCUCUCAAAAGAAGAACCCGGUCGCCGAGGAGAGUAGGAAACGGGAGCUCGAACGACUCGGAUCUCCGACGCAGGAACAGUCGGGAGGCACUGCGGAGGAAGACAAGAGGCAGAGCUCCGGCAGCAUCAGCAGCCUCAAGAAGCUGUGGGAGAAAGAGACCGGUGGGGGGAAAGUCAGUCCCAAGAUCGGCGCCAAGCGGCCCGAAUCCCUCCGCCUGUCCAAAGGCGAUGGGGGCGAUGGCAAGAAGACGACCCCCCCCUCGCCGCCGGCCGUGGCGCCUCCGAGAACGCCGGACGACGCCGCCGAUCCGCAGCAGCCGCAGCAGCAGCAGGCUUCCAAGCCUACGGUUCCGACGAAGCCCGCCUUGAAGCCCUCUGCCAAGCUGCCCCCUAGUACGACCAACAAAUUUCUCAAGUCCUCCUCUUCGUCCUCGAGCCAGUCAAAGCCCCCGGUCGUGCCUCGCAACCAGUCCGGCACGUCACCGCAGCCCAGGACAACGACAGCCGCCGACGAUGGCGAGGAGGACAAGACGGCAGAUAGCAAGACCUCCAUCCUGGAGAUUUCGAGCGCCCUGGAGAGUGGCAUCGUGGCGCUGAAGGUGGCGGUCCCCGGCUCGCUGAGCAGCGUCAGCGUGAUGCAGCUCUCCGACAAGGUGCAGCUGUUCUGGUCGUCGUGCGGCAGUUACGCUGAGAGCGUGCCCCCCCAUGGCCGCUUCCGCUUCCGGGAACUGCUCUCGCGACUGGAGGCCCAGGGCGACCAGCUGAGGACUUGCUCGAGCAACAACAGCGCCGCCAGUGCCAAGCUGUUCACGGACCUCCACAACACUGUCAGGGACCUCGUGAACGUGGUGCAGCGAUGAACUGCCGGGGUGUGUGUCUGUCUGUACAUACUCGCGGAAGCUUGCGUGCGUGUGAUUGCACUCCCCUCGGUUUUAACCGUUCUAGUCCCUUUGAAAGACUGCUGCAGCCGCGGUACUGCCUGUCCCGUGUUCUCAAGCUCAUCACAAGGAGGGUCUGCCGCAACUUGCCCCGUCGGGUGGAGGGAGUGCUGUGGAUGCCCUUGGGAGUCCACCGAGGAGAGAGAUAACUGUUCUGGUCUAUUAUCACUGGGUAAAGAUAGUAGUAACGGUAAUACUAGCGGUAUAUUUAUGUCACUUUUUAGAAUUGCAAUUUCUAUCCUUUUGAUACUUGUCAAGACCAAAGGUUAUGUUUCUCCGGCGCUUUUUUUUUUUCCCCCUGUAAUAUAAUAUAGCUCGUUUGUAUUAUUUUAAUUGAUGUCAAAUAUGCGAAGAAUGGCCUAGGUUUUGAAUGUAUGGUGAUUGUGCAAUUUUUCUAUGCAUCUGUAAAAUUUAAGUACGGUAUUGUAAUAUCGACAGAAGUGGUACCUCUUAAAUUAUUCCAAAUAAAUGAGUAAGGAUA